GAAAGCUCUUCGAACAAGUCAUGGCAGCUUUCUUACGAGAUGAAAACUGCACUCAGGCUGACUUUGCCGCCGUGCUUACGCGCGCUCACGCUGAGGGGGCACUUGGGAAGGAAAGUUUGGGCAGCCUGGUCAUCGAGACCAUGACGGCCGUGGAUGAAUUCGAGUCGUUCACAAAUUUCAUGAACAACACCGUGGCUGGUGAACACGAGGACAAUAGCGACGGCGCACCCGAUUACACGACCGUCCAGGAUGGGGAAGAAGAGAGCAAGCGAUGUCGACUUGAGAGUGACGGUAGCGAUGGCUCCAACGAGGGGGCUGCUGAUACCGCUGUAAGAAGCCGACGGAAGUGA